CCACUCUUGUACGUGCGCGUACACUGUGUUCCGUCGUCCGCCGCAGUCAUGGCGGCCCCGGUGGCUCUGCUUGAUGAAGACUGGGAGGAUUUUAACGAAUUCAAAGCGGCUGAUUCGCACAGCAGCUGGACCCCGGGACCGGAGAACUCACCGCAGACCCAAAGCGUCGCAUCCUUCGACGAGACGCUGAGCGCGAGCUUCCCGUACUCCAGCAGCGCGUGCACGAGCGUCUCUGUGAGCGCAGUGAGUGAAUGCGAGCUGCUGCGCGAUGACGAGAUAUGGAACACUUUGACGGAGAACUAUGGCAAUGUGAUGCCAGUGGACUGGAAAACCUCUCAUACACGUUCACUACACCUGCCCACACUGAACCUCCAGCCUCCAGAGAGGGUGGAGGUCAAUGAUCUUGACGUGUCUGAUGAUGAGGAGCUCAGAGAUCAGAUGGACAUGCACACCAUCAUCAUCGCAUGUGUGAACGAGGAGCCGCUGUUCACUGCAGAACAGGUCAUAGAGGAGAUUGAAGAAAUCAUGCAACAGUCUCCGGAUGAUGAGGAUCACGAGAGUCCGUCUCACUUUGACCUCUCCUUGAUGUCACAAGAGUUACACACACUCACACACUCCGCAUCCAGCAGCAGCUAUGAGGAGCGCUUGCGUGGCCUGUGCGUGUCUGAGCUGCUGGAGCGUCUGGAGGAAGUGGAGACGCAGAUCCGGGGUUUCUCCGAGGAGCUGAUCGAUCAGCUGGCGGUGAGGGAGGAGCUGGACUUUGAGAAGGAGGUGAAGAACACGUUCAUCUCGGCACUCAUCGACGUGCAGAACCGACAGAAAGAACAUCGAGAGCUGCUGAAGAAAAGGAGGAAGAUAAAGAGCACAGGCGCCGAACAGAGAUCCAACCGCUCGCAUGUGCCAGGAACCUAUCUGACGACGGUGAUCCCGUACGACAGGAGCAGCGGAGCGCCGUCUGUAGAAGACCUGCAGAUCCUGACCAAGAUUCUUCAUGCCAUGCGUGAGGACAGUGACACAGUUCCUGCUCUUCUCACCGACUACAUCCUCAAAGCACUGGUGUGAGAGAACAGUGUUGUGUCCCACGUAGAGAUUCUGGAGCAGCUAAUAUCAUCGGACAUCUGAUGGUCUUCAUCUCUCCAGAUGGUGUUCUCGUCUAAUCCUGCACAGAACUGCCCCAGCAGUGGCAUUUAUUCCUCUGUCUGAAUGUGUUUUGUUUUGUGUCGAUGUUGUGUGUGUGGGAGCUUGAGUGCAGUAUUUAGGUUAUUUCCUAAUGCAGUUCACAUUUCACUUACUGUCAGAUUCUGCAGCUGUCAUAAAUCAUGCACUUUUGCAUCAUAUUCAGUUUGUUUCGGCGUAGAUCUAGAUGCUAGAUUUCCCUCUUCCGAUCUUUCCAUCAGAUGAAAUGCAAUUUUAGGAAGUUUUAAACUGCUGAGGGCUGGAAAUCAUAAGAUGAUUUAAAAGCAAUCUCUUCAGCAAAGACAGGUACAAAUAUUUGUGUAGGAAACGUUUAUGUAGCUGCAAAAUCGAAACGUUUAUCAUAUCGGAAGGAAAUAGUUCAGUCAUGCUGAACAUAUUUAGUGGUUUUUUUUUUUUUUU